AUGGACAACACCAAACCUGGAACAUUGAGCCAUGGUAUUGACGAUGUUAAAUCUCUGGUAAAUCCCACAGAAGAUGGUGCUGUCCAGAGUGUCUGGCUCAUGGCUGAAGUUGAUCAUUGGAACAAUGAGAAAGAGCGAUUGGUGCUCAUCACAGAGAACACCCUCCUCAUCUUCAAAUAUGACUUUGUCAUGCUUAACUGUGAGCAGAUUCAGAAGAUUUCACUCAACUUCAUCGACCGUAUCUUCCAUGGUACCUUCUGCUUUCCGCCACAUACCCUCCUGAAGAGAGAAGGUGAGGGUAUUCGGGUGUUUUGGGACAAACUCAGAGAACCAUCUUUCACUUCCCGUUGGAAUCCUUUUUCUGUUGAGUAUCCUUUCACUACAUUCACCUAUCACCCUGUCAAGAGUGCCAAUGAGGAGCUGGGCCGCCUUUGUGAUAUUGAAAACUUCAGGGAGCAGCUGACUUCAGCAGCACAGAAAGCCCACAGCAAGAAUCCUGUACCUGGGAAAGCCAACGGAGUUCUUGUGCUGAAUCAACCUAUCCUAAUCGAAACAUAUGUGGGUCUGAUGUCUGUCAUAGGCAACCAAAACAAGCUGGGCUAUUGCUUAGCACGAGGCAACAUUGGUUUCUGAGGGCACUUUGUGAGUCUUCCAGUGAUGGUUUACACUAAGUAAUUCUCUUAAACCAGCUUAGCAUGUGUAAUUUAUACUUGUCCAUCAAACCUUUUAGUUUCACCUAGUUAUACUGCCCCAAAAUCUUUUUAAAUAACAAUGUCAGUUGGGUCAUUUCCUUUGGGUUGUGUCAUAACAUAGAAAAUAUGUUGUCCCUCCUCCUACGACUUCCUGUGUAGAAAUAUCUCGUUUUUAGUUUUCUGUUCUUUCUCUGCAGGAACUGAUUCAUCGCUAUGUGAUUUGUAAAGUGCCUUUCCUUUCUUUCUGUAUUUAUGCUGAUAUUCUACCCCAUCACAAGACUUCUUACAAGUCAAUUGAUGCAUGAAGGUACACAACUCAUAUUUCUUUGAUGGUUUAGGGUUUAUUAUUACAGUAGAACACAGAGCUGGAUUUUCCCUCAUUUUGUAAUAACUACAUUUACUUAGUCGUCUUGAUUUGUUUCUACAGCAGAAUGCCAAACAUAAAUGCUAAUACAGAAACUUGGUUCAUUAGAGCUGAAUACAUUUUCAUUAAAUACAAUUAGGAAUAAUUCAAACAAAAUUGUGCCUGACGUGUGCUUCAUUUGUCUGAAUAGUCUGCACUAUUUUGAUUUAUUGGGCAUUUCCCUGUGCAUGAAUCAUUAAGGUGGGGCCAGUGUAUUGGCCAUAGUUUACAUGAUGUAGAACAGUCACUGAUUGUGGAUACUUUUCAUUUGUUAUUAAAAAAAUAAAAAUUGUGCAGCAUCUUA